AGCUUUACUGCCGCUCCACCGUCGUGCGCGGAGGUGGGUGGAGCGGAGCCACAACAGCAAUGUCGAGAAGUUUUCUGAGUCCUCGCUGUCGUGUCUGCGGCUCGUUUUAGCUGAAAACAAACGAAUAAACACGACUAAAGAUAAACAGUUGCGUCGACGGAGAAGCGGAAGUCGGACGCGCGCACGCAGACAUGGAGGGUGUGUUUAAUUGGUCCCUGACCCCACUCAACCCAGCACAAGCAGGGAGCCCCUACAUAGAAAUCAUCGAGCAGCCGAAGCAGCGAGGGAUGAGGUUUAGGUACAAGUGUGAGGGACGUUCAGCCGGCAGCAUCCCCGGAGAGAAGAGCAACGAAAGCACCAAGACCCACCCAGCCAUCAAGCUCCACAACUACAGCGGCCCCCUGCGCGUCCGCAUCUCAUUGGUGACGAAGAACGCACCGUACAAGCCUCACCCCCACGAGCUGGUCGGGAAGGACUGCAAACACGGCUACUACGAGGCCGACCUGCAGGAGAGACGCAUACACAGUUUUCAGAAUCUGGGCAUUCAGUGUGUCAAGAAGAAGGAUGUGAAUGAGGCCAUCACCUGCAGGCUGCAGACCAAUAAUAACCCCUUCAACAUCCCCGAGGCGAAGGUGUGGGAGGAGGAGUUCGACCUGAACUCGGUCCGUCUUUGCUUCCAGGCCUCGUUCACUCUGGCUUCAGGGGAGCAGAUCCCUCUGGAGCCGGUGGUAUCGCAACCCAUCUAUGACAACAGGGCCCCAAACACGGCGGAGCUGAAGAUCUGCAGAGUCAACCGCAACUCUGGCAGCUGCAAAGGAGGCGACGAAAUCUUUCUGCUGUGUGAUAAAGUGCAAAAAGAGGACAUCGAGGUGCGCUUCUUCCAGGACUCCUGGGAGGGGAAGGGCACGUUCUCCCAGGCCGACGUCCACAGGCAGGUGGCCAUCGUGUUCCGCACACCUCCUUACCCCAAAACUAACCUCAGCGAGCCCAUCAGAGUCAAGAUGCAGCUGCGCCGGCCCUCUGACCGCGAGGUCAGCGAACCGAUGGACUUCCAGUACCUGCCGGCCGACCCAGAUGAAUACAGGCUGAGUGACAAGAGAAAGUGUACACGAGACAUUUUCCAGGGCCUGAAGCUGGGCUCCAUGCUAUCUAGUGUGACUGGGCCACAAGAAAGACCCCACAUCGUCCCGAUAAGGAGGACCACCGCCCCCAACUCUCAAUCAAAGAACGCACAAGCUACGGCGCCGCCCCCCGGUGCCAGUGCAGCGAAGCCCCAGCCGUACUUGUAUUCACGGGAUCGGCUGUUCCCGGUCCAGCCCAAGGUGGAGGCCUCCAACUCCACCGCAACCACAAACCCAACGUGGAGGAUCAUGGAGAGCCUGAACCUGGGCCCCAAAGUGCCUAACUUUACAAUGAGCCAGGUCCCAGCCUCCUGCCCAGUUACCACCACGUCCACUGCCAACCAGGAAUACUCAACCGUCAACCUGUCGGACCUCCAUCAGUUCUUCCCGGCGUCCUCGGUUACAGUCCAGGAGACCGCAUCUUCUCAGGCCUCCUCACAGGCCGGCGGCUCUUUUCCCCACCUGUCGUCGAUGGUGGACGACGACAUCCCAGAGUUCCCCAGCUUUUCCGAAGCGCAGGCACAAGGCACCCUGGACCAGCUGAACAUGGAUGACUUCGAGGACCUCCUGAAUCCCAACCUCCUGAACGAGUGCGGGAACGGCACCUCGAUGAUGCCGCAGGUUUCGUGCCAGCAGGCCGCCGCGCCCAGCUUUGCCACCACGGCAUCCCAGAACAUUUCCGACCCUGGCAGCAUGCCAGGGAGCACCUGGAUGAAUUACCCCAACAGCAUCGUCCACCUGCUCCAGAACGAAGGCAUGAUUGACAUCACAUCCGGCAACAUGAACCAACGGCCCGCUGUGCUGGACGAGUUUGACGAGUUGAUGUCGGCUGACGAGGACCGCCUGAUUUCCAUUUUUAACAGUGGAAGCCAAGCUGGGUUUGUCUCAGGACACCCAACUUAAAAAAAAAAAAAAAAGUGUGGAUGGGAUUUUUUUUUUUUUAACGGACAUAUUUACAUAGACCACUCGAAUCUGGCCUUUUUAAAGUUUGGAACUUAAACAUCUAAUAGAGCUUUAAGAGGCAGAAUGUAGCAAAACCGCUCUCAGGCCCCCAUCAAAGGGUCUUUAUGCUGUUCAAUUUGUGGGCUUCACCUGCUCUCUGUAUAAAGUUUAACUGACAAAUGAUAUCACAGGACUGUUUUGAAAUGUCAUCGGCCUUGUUAGGAGUCAAUUCUUAAAAGCAGUCGGAGCAGAUGCUCUGCUAGGGGCCUCUUCAGAUCCUUUCCUGUGGAACGUUCGCCAUGCUCAUGUACUCUCCAUUGAAGCUGUUUGGGUAGCUCCCAUCAGUGUUACUGUAAUUCACUCUGAAAUGCGUACAUUUGGUGUGCCUUUUAAUUUCAAACAAAGCGGUCGGUAAUUAGGUCUGAGGCUCGUCUAUGCAAAUGAUCCCAUCGUCCUUGUGAUUUAAUAUCCCCAUGAAUUACUUUGGAAUGUAUUCUGAAGGUCGGCGGUUACUGACCUUAAUUUUAGUUUGAACUGAAUUGAGGUCUACACAGAAGUUAAAAACAACAUUUACAAGUGCAUGCUUAUAGCAGUGAAGCUGUAUCCGAGCUCACUUUGUCGGCCUAAUUUGCUGUAGUGAAAGAUAACGCUGUCUUGUGAUGAUGUACUGUAUGAUGUAAGCCGCUUAUAGUAUAUGCACUCUUGCUGUAAUUAAUGAUUCUGUCAAAAUCCCCAAAACCCUUUUCCUUGCAAUAAAAACCACGACAAUAA